AUGUUGGAGUCCCAAGUUACAAUUUCAGCAGUGCUGGCGCUGCUGGGUUCCACCGUCAAUGGUCAUAUGAUCAUGAAAACCCCUCCGCCCUUCGGCAACCCUGACAACUCUCCUCUUACUUCGGCCAAUUUUCCAUGCAAAGUCACAUCGGAUCCUGCAUCCUUUUAUAACGGUGUUGAGGCCACGAAGAUGAAAAUUGGAGAGACACAGACACUCUCGUUCACCGGAAGUGCCGUCCAUGGGGGAGGGUCAUGUCAACUUGCCAUCACCUCUGAGCCACAGCCCAAGGCGGACACUCACUGGCAAGUUAUAUUAUCACUCGAAAGUGGCUGUCCCAGUAAGAGCGGGAGUGGUGCGGAUACCUACGAUUUCAAAAUUCCGGAGGGGAUUACUCCUGGAAAAUAUGUCUUCACGUGGACAUGGCAAUCCAAGUUGGCUGGUCAGCCCGAGUACUACAUGAACUGUAGUCCGAUUGAAGUUAUUGGUGGUACAUCAAAGCGAUCUGAUAAUGAUUCCAUGGAGCUUAUUGCCCGUGAUGUCUUUCCUGACCUCUUCGUUGCCAACCUUGCUGACAUCAACUCUUGCAAAACGAAUAUGAAUCCACCUUCAGACGUGGAGUACCCAGAUCCUGGACCCAAUGUCCAAAGGCUAUGGGCUACGCCAUUGCUUUCAAAACCAAUCGGAGACAAUUGUUACCCUAAAGGCGGUUCCAAAGCAAGUUCUGCGGCAGUUGCCGCGUCACCCCCGGCAGUCUCAGUAAAGCCGACGGGAGCUGGAUCGUCUGGAUCAACGACCGGCGCAAAAUCGGGGCGUUGCUCUGAUGAAGGGGCAUAUUUUUGCGUCGGUGGCUCUCAGUACCAACAAUGCGCCAGUGGUAGCUGGUCUGGUCUACAGGCCAUGCCAGGCGGUACAAAGUGCAAGGAAGGGGAAUCCUCAACAUUGUGGGCCCGGGACGAGGUCAGGGGGUUGAGAGUACGCCGCAGAUAA